GAAGAUGUUCAGAGAGACGAUGACAGCGAUCCCAGUUCAAAGAGCGCUGCUGAAGACGGUGACGUGGACCUCUCAGACGCGAGUGAGCCUGAGCAGAUCCGCCCUCCGUUGGCUACUGAGCUUGACAUGGAGCCUACUCUUAGAGAGUAUCUGGACGCCGCCGCGGAGGAGAAGUUACGGUCAUAUGAUACGAACGCAGAACCAUCAACAAAAUCUGAAAAGACCGUUCGCGAUAACAGCACUAAACCUGUCAUUCUCGCGGAGAUACCCUCAAUAAUAUUGGACCCGCCGCCGUUAAUUCGACAUCAAGAGAUCGCAGAGCCUCACAUUGCGGACCUGGGAUCUAAUCUAGAGAAAAAGAAAGAUACAGUAGCGUCCACGGAAGCGGAGAACGUAGAAUUGGAAGAACGUUGGAGAGCCUAUUGGAAAAGUCUUGCCGGAACGACACCAGGCCAUUGGAGAGACCACACAGCUCAAGAUCAUCACACUGAAAACGGUCCGGAUGUAGACAGGGAGGUAGACCAUACACCCCUGAUAGCAAUCGCUGGACAGAUAGACCGCCCAAAAGAAGAGCGUCUCGAACAUAUUGAGCCUCUUGUCUCUACGUCAAAGUCGAGGACCUCCGAUCUCCAUCGAUCCGCUGCGGAAUCCGGCCGAAGUAUCCAAGCCGAAGACCCGGUUGAGGAGAACCGGCUCCCACACGCCACCGAAUACGACCAAGCUAAGUACCUGGACGGUAGCCCAAUCCCAAAUGACAGCUUUCCUAAGGAUGGGUCACACGAGGCCCUUGGUUCAGAUUUGAGUGACCGCAAUGACGGGCUCUUAUUAUCGCCGCAAUAUCAACAGCCUAUCCUCCCAUAUACAAAUGCACCAAUGGUGAUUCCGAAGGCGGCACACAAUAAACCCCCGCCGCCCUUACCAUCUCCACGUUACAUUCCGGAGUGGGAGCACCGGGUGAGGCAGAGGGGGCCACAAGAGAAUAUUAUGCUGAAUGAUCAAGCUGAACAGAUGAGGGAGGAACAGCUGGCUGUAACAAGGGAAGAUGCAUUCAAGAACGAACCGGCGGUCGAGAGCCCUCAUGCCUCCAAUGUCGAUCAGAAAAGAUCAGUCGGAACAUCCGAAAGUACUCGAGUAUUGCCCACAGGGUCGGGUCCGACAUUGCCUUCAUCUCAGGCUGACAGGCGCCAACCUGAAGACCGUGGUUGGACAUCAAGGAUCCGAAGGGAUCUUAUUGAUGAUCGUUUUGUUGAAGCACAGCUGGCGCAUGUAUCGUCAUCCGACGAUGAGUCGGACGAACCCAAAGUAGAAAGAAGAGACAUUAACGCACUGAUGCAGAGUGGUGAUGCCACCGUUAUCAGCAACGGUAACAACGAGAUUCGCUUGAAAGUAGAUCCAAACGCUAUGCUCAAUCUGCAAUUCAAUGGCGACAAGGAAGGCCGUACCAUACAGUUUAUCCCAACCGAGGAUGGCAUGGCAGAACUCGUUGUCCGCGGCCCAGAACCUGAGAACGAGAGCACAUACGACAGCACGCGCAGGCCAGACAGAGUCUUGAGAGCCCCGCAUGACGAUCGCAUUGUUGAAGUCCCGCGGCCACUCAGACGAAGGGCGAAUACAUCUUCAUAUUACCAUGAAUAA